AGCACUGUAGUAAAGGGAGUUUGAAGAAUCCUGAUAUAUUCACACAUGGUAACAAUUUAUGAAUUAUUAUUUUUAUAUUGAGUUUUUAUAUACAUUUUACCACAUAGAUACCCUUUGCUUUAUCAAUAUCCGUUUAUGACAUAAAAUAAAAUCUGCAGAUGGGUUGCUGUUGUUGUUGCCCGGUGUGGUUAGUAAAAUGAUUGCAUAACAAUCAAAGCGGCAGGACGGUUGUUUCAUUAACCACACCGGGCAACAACAUCAACAACACCCUAUUGUUGACAACCCCUAAGGAACACAACCACUGAGGCAUAAAUUGUGGUAUACCACAUCUAAAAUUCAGAGCUCACGAAGCCUUUUGGAUUAAAAGUUGAAACCUCUUCAACUAACAAGAACAAUCCCGUUACCUUGAUUCAACCUUUGCGGAUUACCAUAACCUGGACCUGGAUGAGAAUCGACAAAUACUGUACUUAACAAUUUAUAAUGUAUUAUGCCCAUCCCUGGAACAACCUUGGAACAAUAUUUACCCAGUGUUAAAAAAAACAAAAAGGCAAAGACUUCAGACCUCAGAGCCGAAUGGGAGGCCUGGUAGUCACCAAACUUGUAAUAAAAAAAAUAAAAAUAAAUAAAAAGUCCUUCCUCUUACUGUAAUGACCCUCAUUUUCUCACCAUUUCCUGAGUUAACAUCUUUUACAAUAUGACUUUCCAACCUCUAGUUCCUGAAGUUGUGUUCACAGUACCCCCAAUCUGUAAUCCCACUAACAGGAUCUAAUAACAAGAUUCAGCCCCACUAAUAAGCAACCCGAGCAGCGGGGGCAGCCCCAACUUGCACCGCAAAUCUCCCGAUGACUUGACCCUCUCGCUUUGUUGUUUUGAUGCAUCCCAGACACUUCGACAUAGGGGGUCUGGUCUCCCCACGUGUUUACCCAGUGUGCUCUGUUUUGUGUCUUGACGACACCAGGCAAUAGUGGCACUUUUAUUGUUGCUCUGGCACUGACCCAGUGCCCUCAUUCUCAGCACACGUGACGUCUCUUAACCUAGCUUAUCUGGCACACCCGUGUGUCUUUAAACUUAUAUUGCUUAUAUUUUCUUGUCAUUUCCAACUAAAUGAUAGCCACGUGCCAAGAUACAGAAUUAGUCAGACUAUUUAUCGUCACUCCCAUCCUGUUCAAUGUCCUUAUAAGAUUAAGAUGACCUGUAAAGACAAAUUCAUGCCCCUGAACUUCCCGGCUAACAUGACAUCAUAGUUCAAUGAGCUCUCGUGAUUCUAAUGGGAAAUCAUAUAUGGAUGACCACUUAUUUGGCAAUAAUAUACUGUGCAUUAUCUUUUUUUGUGACUAUCCUGUAGUUCUCUUCAGUGAACCUGCUGAUCUUUGCACCCACAACUGUGAAACUUGUUAAAGGGAAACCAUCAUACACGAGGGCAAUGAUUGACUCAGCCUGUUCUAGCUAUUAGUACAAAAGAAAGCACUUAGUGCUCUGUCACCAAAGGACAAACGACUCUCCAGCUCCUCUCCCGAGGGCAUGUUUUUCAACCUUUUUAAUUUGGCCCGUACAUCUGGAAAUCGGCUUCAAGAAGUGUUUAAGGAUUCCUUUAAAUAAUUAAUUCCCCUCUCUAAAUAGUUCAGCAAAGUGUUCAAGGCAACUAUUUCAAAGCCCGUCAUUUGCAGGAAUGACUCUUAAUUACAUAAUAAUGGCAAUGAUCGCACAUUGUUGACAGCUGCCGGAGGUUGAGCCCUGGAGUGUACUUGUUUCAUGCUCUUCCCUGAAGGGUCGCGCAUGUCAGAGUUAGAUAAAGCGGCUCUGUCACUCUCUGCGAGGAAAGUGUGAUAUAUGGAGGUGGGAGUCCCUCCAGCUCUUACCUGCUUCUCGCCUCGUUUAUUAUUAUUUUCUUUUGUGUAGUCCUACCAACCCAACCGGAUGCAUUCACAGACUUUAGUUCUGUUCAGUACCCCUUGCACCUUGAAGCGUUUGCAUUUGGUUGACUUGCAGUUUAUUUCCUGCUUUUACAGUACCGUAUGUUGUACCUCAGUUGUCGAGAUGCGAUGACCUUUUGACAACCUUCUUUCACGCUCCUCGUAAGUGCCUUGCUCUGUCCAUUUCCAUCUUGCUGUAACAUUUCUGGGACGUACGUUUCCACAGACAGGGCAUCCCAAGAGAAUUCAGGUCGGCAAGGCUAACUACGAUGGAGUUUUCUUGGAGUGCUAGAAGGAAGGUUAGGAUGAGUUCAAGUACAAAACUGUCAUCAAUUUAUUGGCUUGUAAUUCAGCUACUGUAAUGUAUCCUGGUUGCACCUAAGCAGAUCGCCAACAAGAAUUCCCAAGCUCAUUCAUCCAUCCACUUUCUGUAGACCUUUUUAACCCUGAUGUCACACGAACUUCCAGGUGCCGAAAACUCUGAUGGUACAAAUAGUAAACAAACCCUGACACGUCAUCUGACCAAGACACAGCAAGUGAGAAAGCACAAAUGUUUGAAUGAUGAUUUUAGCCUUCUUCUCUACCGCCAUAGUUUGAUUGUGUGUUAAGUAUCAGUAAAAAAAUAAACACUGUUACUUGAGGUAAAUUGUUUGGAAGUGAGACCAGAGGGUGGCCAUAAUUCACAUUUCAACAGGUAAAUUGAUUCAAAACUACUGCAGAUAUGGUGGAAAUUCAGACUUAGUUGAAUGAUAAUUGAGGGACUGGCUAAUUACGUGACUUUUCCGUUGCUCUGAUUAAUUGCACAAAUGUGCUCUUUUGAUGGUGAAAUGGAUACCGUGCUGUAGAGCUGACAUUAGCUAGUAGGCUAGCCAUUACGUUUUGCUAAAUUACUCAAUGACAGACAUCCACCUCAAGGUUCCGCUGGAUUAUUUUUUUUCAUCUGAAGGAAAUAAAAAAAAUACCUAAACCUUUUUGGGGUACAUCUGGGCGGUGCAACCCCAAACAUGGUGAGGUUCUGUCUGUUUUCCGUUCAAGUCAGCGGUAGUCAAUCACUUUCGACCACCCGGUCGUACCCUGGCACCUAUUGUUUACAAACACUUAUGACUGUCUAUACCUGUUCAUCCUGUUGAGGAUGAACGGUAUAGACAGUCAUAAUAUAGCCACUAAUAUAGGGAUAGCCACGCCCAGCUGACUUCGGGUGAAAGCACUGGACUGGUCGCCACUCAAUCAAGGGGCACAUAAAGAAGAAGGCGAACAUUUACUUACAUUGAUUCCGCCUCGGAAUGGAAACCUAAACUAAAAAAUUAGGCAUCUUUUGCUUUUUGCUCAGCCUGACCUUCCAGAAAUGCUUGACUUCAACCUUUUGACACCUCGACCUUUUGACAGCUCAACCGUUGAGGUGAUGGUGGCGUGUAAUAUGUUAAAUACAUACCAGUGCCUUAGAGAGACAGUUGUUGUGAGGCAACAAGUACCCAUAGUCAUCUCGGAUAGACUCCUGCUUCCCCGUGAUCCUGGAAACCGUAGUAAAUGUUAGAAAAUGGACUGUUGGCUGGUUGGCCAAAGUAGUUGCUUCUAAGACUGUCCUGGACCUCUCACCCAUCAGAAAUUCCCUGUCUGGCAAUAGUUUUGUAUCAUGUUGAACAAACCAGACAAUACAUUUAUUGACUUUCAUACCUAUAAACAAGUACAAGGGCUUGAUUUUUAUUUUAUUUUUUUAAAUAAAAAAGGCAUAUUUUAAGAACUAAAAAUCAAUGUAAUGCUUCUGUCUGAGUCAAGCAGCCACUGGCUUCCUCUGGAUAUUUCCAAAUCUUUGCUGGAUGAAUCCAUUCCUUUUUUAAAAUGUUUAUCAUAUAAUUUUAUCAACCUGUCACCUCUUUAAACAUUCCGUCGGCCAAACCUGCUGUGUAAUUAUCCCGUUAAACACUUAAUGACCCCCUCAAAGGAUUAAUGCAUUGGCCAGUGUGUCCAGGCAGGCAGAUGAUUUAUGUUUCCUGACAUAAUAAAUGUUCAACUAUGUGCGGCUACAAGCUCGUCUCUCUAACAAUCCUCACCUAGUUGCCCUCUGUUGUUUUCUCCCCUGUCACUUUUCAGUACCGGAACGGAAUUUACGUGCUGUAAUGAUAGUGAAGAGGAGAGAGAGAGAGAGAGAGAGAGAGAGAGAGAGAGAGAGACAUAGUACAGCCUCAAUAGAGCCGUGACCAGUAGGCAGAGCAGAGCCUCUUGAGAUUUUAUACAUUACUGUAACUGCGAUAAGGCGCUCUAUUCCUGUGGUGAUGAACUGCUUUUAACAUGUUGUUUCCGGGGAAAGGAAGUUGCUCACCUUUCUGCAACUAGUGACUGAGAUGCAAAGGAGAGAACAUGCAGAAGUUUCUCGGUGGGCGGGGUCUUCAACUUCACGUCACUCCUGCUCAGCAAAGAGGACAACAUGCUGUACGUUGGCGCUCGCGAGAUUCUCUUCGCUCUCAACCUCUCGGACGUCAGCGCACUAGAGCUGCAAAAAAAUCUCACAUGGAAAACCCCGGACAAGAAACGAGGCGAGUGCAGUUUCAAAGGAAAAGACCUGCAAACGGAUUGCUUCAACUACAUCAAGAUCUUAUUGCGAGUGAACAGCACUCAUCUGUAUGUGUGUGGAACGUACGCCUUCAGCCCCAUCUGUGCUUACAUUAACACUGCCAACUUCUCCUUCGUCAGAAGUAACACAAGCGAGAUCGUCACCGAGGACGGACGCAGCCGUUGUCCCUUCAACCCUGAGUACAAGUCCAGCGCUAUCAUGGCUGAUGGCGAGCUGUAUGCUGGCACAGUCAGCAAUUUCCAGGGAAAUGAGCCCAUCAUUUACAAGAGUCUCAGCCAAGGAACCGCUCUCAAAACGGAAAACUCCCUCAACUGGCUUCAAGAUCCGGCCUUCGUCGGCUCCGCCUACAUCCAGGAGAGCCUGCCCGAGGGCAACCUGGUGGGCGACGACGAUAAGAUUUACUUCUUCUUCAGUGAGGCGGGAAAGGAGUUUGAUUUCUUUGACAACACGAUCGUGUCGCGCAUCGCUCGCGUGUGCAAGGGAGAUCUGGGCGGUGAGAGGGUCUUGCAGAAGAAGUGGACCACCUUUCUCAAGGCGCAACUUUUGUGCUCGCUGCCAGAUGACGGCUUCCCCUUCAACAUCAUCCAGGACAUGUUUGUGCUGACUCCCAGCCCGGAAGACUGGAAGAACACUGUAUUUUACGGAGUCUUCACUUCCCAGUGGUACAACGGUGCCUCGGGAACCUCUGCUGUGUGCUCCUUCACAAUGGAGCAGGUGGAAAAAGCCUUCAGCGGUCGAUACCGCGAGGUGAACAGAGAAACCCAGCAGUGGUACACUUACAACCAUCCUGUCCCAGAACCCCGGCCUGGAGCGUGUAUCACGAACGCGGCCCGGAAGCAAGGCGUCUUGUCAUCUCUCCACAUGCCGGACAAGGUGUUGAAUUUCGUCAAAGACCACUUCCUCAUGGACAACGUGCUCCGCAGCCAGCCCCUGCUGCUCAAACGCCACGCUCGCUACACGCAGAUCGCCGUCCAUCAAGUCGUGGCGGCGCGCAAGGCCUACCACGUGCUCUUCAUCGGCACAGAUGAUGGGCGACUCCAUAAAGCAGUGAGUGUGAAGAACAAGAUGCACAUCAUUGAGGAGCUGGCGCUCUUCCGUGACUCCCAACCAGUGCAGCACAUCCAGCUGGACUCGGAAAUGGGUCUUCUUUAUGUUUCCACUUUCUCUGAACUGGUGGAGGUCCCACUAGCUAACUGCACUAAUUACCAGAGCUGCGGGGAGUGCAUCCUCUCCAGGGACCCGUACUGUGCCUGGAAUGGCAGGCAGUGUGUUGAUGUCAGACAGGCUCCGCUAAGCAAUCUGCUGCAGCAGGAUGUGGAUAAUGCAGACGCUUCAGCUAUUUGCAACAAGUCUGUGAUGAGCACACGGUUUGCCAAGUCUGCACAUGCACGAAUGUCAUCUUGCCAGGUGAUGGUUAUCCCCGCCAACACUUUCCAAGUGUUGCCUUGCAAGCUGCGGUCCAAUCUGGCUGAGAGGUUGUGGGUGUUCAGUGAGACUUCGGGUCACUUUCAUUACCCCAGCCCAGAGGGGGAAUUGGUGGUGGUUGCUCAGGCAGACAGGCAGGAGACCUACGAGUGCUGGUCCGUGGAGGAAGGCUUUCGACAGCUGCUGUCCAACUACUGCGUGCGGGGCGAGGCCAAGCGUGAGAGCGUCACCCAAACGGGCCGUACCCGUACCCCAGCCGCCUCGCAAGACAACUUUGUCAUCCUGCCCGGCGAGGCUCACUCCCCGCAGAUCAACACCAAGACCUACUGGAAUGAGCUCAUCGUGGUGUGCGGCCUCCUGGCCUUCUCCCUGCUGGUCUUCUCCCUGUUUGUAAUCUACAGAAACCGCGACCGCAUGAAGUCCAUGAUCAAGGAAGGCGAGUGCCCCAACAUGCAACCGAAGAAGCCCAGAAUGGUGCCGAAGCCCGCCGAGAACUUGCCGCUCAACGGCAACGCCGUGGCUGCCUCCGUGGUGGACCACAAGGGCUACCAGACGCUUCACGACAACUACACGUGCGGAACGCCCCCGCACGAGGGCUCAUCGCCCGAAAACAGUAAGAGCUUCUCCGAUUCGGAAAAGAGGCCACUGGACCUGCAGGAGAGCCGUGUGGAGAUCUCUCCCACGAGCCCGCGGCCUCGAGUCAGACUGGGUUCUGAGAUAAAAGACUCCGUGGUGUAAAAAUUCAAAUAAAACUAGAUGAGCGUCCACCUGCUGACAGAGACAAACUCCUCGACGAGAAAGAGAGAGAGAGAGGAGUAUCUUCAUGGGAAAACAUUUGGUCACACACGUUUUGCACUUUGUCCUAGUUUGUGCUGUUCCUGUGGUCCAUGAACAAUUUCUUUUGUGCGUUCAGAGCGCACUUGACCGCCUUCAAAUAUUUGGUGCUCUGGCAUACAGCUCAAAAACAGAAUGUAAGUUGUGUUUGGAGACCUCCGCCAAGGCCAAAAUAAGGAAGUGAAAAAAAAAAAGUGACACUCCUUACAGCGGUAACACGAUCUCACAGAUGAAAACAUCACACACACACGCACCCACACACCCAGGAGGAAUUAACAAAAGCACAGCUUCACACCGUAGUGUUGCCUCUCAGUCCGUCCAUAAUAGUUUCGCUUUGAAGACACGUCUUUGAACAUGUUCACACUCCGAGAUAAAGAUUUUUCGUAGUUUCUUUUAUUUGUCAGUCUGUCUGCCAUUAAGAGCCUACCCUUCGGCUAUGCACUAUCUCCUGUACUGUAGCAAGGUCAACUUCCCGCCAGAUCAUGUAAAGACAGCAAGCCGGAGGCAAAACAAUAAAAAGCCUCUUUCAGUGUCUUCAUUUUUGCACUUCGGCUAAAAUGGAACAUUGGUUGUAUGCAAGUAAUUCAGAGACAAGUUUUGCUGUGAGUAGGCAUGGGCCGGUAUCAGAUUCUGACGGUAUGAUAACCAUGAGCAUAAAUAUUGCGGUAUCAUGAUAAUGCAAUUACAGUUCUAAAAUGUUUUAAUUUGAACUGUUUGAAUAAUCAACAACUUAUAUCCGUACAACAGCAAAAGUGGUGCCUUGAGAUAAGAGUGCUGACACGACCAACGUUUUGCCCUGAGAUACGAACGAGCAAUGUAUUAUUAUAUUUUUUUUUAAAUCACAGUUUUGAUAUUUGCAGGUUAUGUGGACAGCAAUUGUUAUUACUGUGAGUUUUUAUUCAGUACAACACUGUUGAGUGCAAUAUUUCUUACGAAAAUCUGUUGAAAACAAUACACAUUUUUGGUGUUUUUGUCGGGAGGGAAAAGGAGGAAUUUGAUUUCCACUAAUUUCAAUGGGGAAAGAUUGUUUGAGAUACAAGUGUUUCAAGAUACAAGCAUGGUCAUAGAACAAAUUAAACUCGUAUUUCAUAGCACCGCUGUACUUAUCUUUCAGAAAAUGAGUAGCUACUUCUCUGCUUUUCUCCGCUUUGUGAAGUAACAUCAACGCGGAAAGGAACUGAUGUUAGCUGUGCUAGUUAGCUGCCUCGGUAGCAAGUCUAUAGUAUUUAUUUCACCAAUUGUAGACACGCUAACACUCCUAGCUGGUUGCAAACUUUCAUUUCAACACAGUAAUAGUUAGGCUACCUCGAAUUUCUCAAAGAGUAAUAGGUGUCGCUCUCGUAGAUGUGAGAUUGUAUUAGAUGUGUUGCCUCCUAUGGCAGCCACUCUUCUUGAGCAUGUUUUGCAUAUCCUUCCUCUUCCAAAUUGCAGUACCUGAAAAAUUCCCAAGGCAAAAAUUUGUUGUGCUCACUGACUGCUCACAACAACUGGAGAGGGAGGGAGUCACUUUGACUCAGGACCCCCCCACCCCACCCCUCCUAAGCUUGUACCGCCGAUUAAAGGUUUGAGAACCUUUGAAACCAUGACAUCUUAAAAAAAAUGUUUACGUUGAAACUAUUAAACGGCCCAUGCCUAGCUUGAACUUAAAAAAUUGCCCCAACGGGCCCGAUCAGCAAGAACAUCGGGCCUCAUACCAUACCAAAAAUACCCAUUGUAUGAAAAUAUCAAAACUAUAGCUUUUGUUUGUUUCCCCCAAGUUUUCCAAAUAAUUAGACAAUAACGAAGGGAUUAAAAGCGUGUUCACGUUUCGAGAUAGGCAGUCUAUGCAAAAGCACAUCAUGACAAGUGACGUAAUGGAACAAUGUCUCCACUUUAGGGUCAGUGGCACUGCGAGCACACACUCGCUCACGCAAUAAUGACCAUCUACUGUAUGCAGGUAACACAUGAUUAUAUUAGGGUCCAAUACAGUCAUUCUUAUUCUCAGCCUCUAUACAUGGCCAAAUGGACGUUUUUCCAGGUUCGCAAAGGGAAAUAAUACACCUGUUGUGUAUUCAUAAUCUGGUUGCUUAAAUGGUCUUCAACCUAUGAAAGAUAUGACUUAUUUUCUUAUACACACAAAGGAAUUUCUCUAAUUAGCUGUCCCAUUAUGACAUCAGUCAACCAUGCAACAUUUUAUUUCAUUUGUAGAUGGACAUCAGUUUUAUUUUUAUUUUUUUUAAUUGACAGAAAUGCAAAGAGUAUUUUGCACAAGAUAUUGAGAAGCCUUAGUCAUGGCUUUGACAAUAAGUCUGCCUUUUGGGGGGAAUGCAUCAUGCCUUUUCAGACUACAAUCGAGAGAUGUGCCUCUUGGGAUCUUCAAACUAACCAGGUAACGACAGAGCUGUAGAGUCACUGCUAUGACACAAGAGUGAAUUCGUUAAUAUUGUCACCAUUGUACAGCGUUGGCUUAAAGAGGUGUGUGUUUUUUUUUUAUCUUUUUUUUUAUUUUUAUUUUUUUUAUUUUUUUUAUUAUUAUUUUUUUUUAAAUGUGUCAGCGGCUUUUGCCUCCAUCAGGGACUCAAUCUAUGUGGUGUUGCAAACAAAUAACCACCGGCUUGUUUUUAAUGUCAAACACAGAUAAGAAUAGAAUUAAAUUUCUCUUUUUAUUUAAUUUAAUUUUAUUUUUUUCCCUGUGGUCUGCCCCUGCCCUAAUCAAUCACACAGACGGAGCUCAUGCUUUGACUGUUAUGGCAAAGAAAAUAAAAGGCAGCUGUGGUGGCUCGGGCAAUAUUACAAAUGUCGAUUGCAGAACAAAGAAAACAAGUAGCAGAGAUGAUUUAGUUAAAAUGUGUGCUGGUAAAAAACAAAAUUCUAAACGCCCUUAAAAACCACAGUCGGUGUUUCGGUAUUUUAUCGCCGUUAUUGAGGCACAUAUUUUGCGUCAGAAACAUUUCAUGGCACUGCACAAAAAAAUUAUUUACGGUGGUGACUUGCGAUACAAGUGAUCUGAAUGAAUCUUGCGAGAUACAAGCUAUCGCUCGGGCGAUUUUUAUUUUUGCUUUGACUUGAGAGCAAAUAUUUGAGAUACAAGUGCUAUAUAGUGGCAGUGAACUCAACUCACUGUACAACAAGCAAAAGCUCGGCAUUUGAAGUUCACUCUCAAAACAAAGAGAAUUACACAUAGUAAGUAAAAAAAAACAACUUUGCCUUAACAUCUGCUAGCUUAAUGCUAACACACAAUGGGAAACGCCAGAAAACAGGGUAAUGAAACUAGUAUCGGUCUCGUACAAGAUAUUUGAACACAAACGGCACAGCAACACAGACAAUAUAAAAACACUCACAGGCAUAUAUUCUUUUUCCUCCGCAAAGAUUAAACUCCUGCCAUUUGGUUGAGACGGAUACACCAGAAGGAAAGCACAAUGUCCAUUGAAUAAAUUUUUUUGGGGGGGCUGGAAGGGAUUAAUAUAAUUUUCAUUCAUUUCAAUAGGGAAAGAUGAUUUGAGGUGCUAGUGUUUUGAGUUGCUAGCAUCAGUCACGGAAUGAAUUCAUCUUGUAUCUCAAGGCACCGCUGUAUGGUGAAAUAAUGAUAAUCAACACUCAAUAUACUCACAAAUUUACUUGGUGUGAAAUCUGUUUCGUUGAACAUAAAGUAUUCUUCUGUUGUAUGAAUGGCAAAAGGUGAAGUGUACCUUCUGCCAUCUAAUGGAAGGGCAUUGAAUUGUUCAGCCUGUCACUAUAUAUCGCUGGGAUAGAUAGAUCAACAAAGAUACAUUAUUUGAAGUAAAUAAAUAAUAAUUUUCGGACCAGUAACUUAAGUUGGUUAAUUUCCCAUAGCACACACCAAGGCACAGUUGUCAGGCCUUUCAAAUGUGACAUGUAUUGUUACUAAGAAGUUCUUUAUGUACAAAAUGUUUUGUAAAUUCAGCUGCCAGUGUAAAAACAAACAAAAAAUAUGGUCAAAUGUAUUUUAUUUUUUUUUGCAUUAUAAUUCACUGUUCUCCAUUUAUUUUGUAUUGCAUAUAAAAGGCACUUUAUUUUGAUUUCCAAAUAAAGAUCAAACCGAUACUUUCUUAAAAGUA